UCAUCUCGUCGACCGCCUAAGACACAUAGCCGCGACAAGUAAUAAUUCAUUUGACGUUCAAACUGAAAAACUUCAGUAUGUGUUAUCCGUUGGCGUAAUGAAACCAAGAGCCGAACUACAUAACUAUUUACCAGCCUGAUAAGUUUUCGUCAUACGCUUAUGUAAUUUCGAUGCGUGGAAAUUAAAAAGUGCCCUGCCAACAUAGCGUCACAGAAGGAAAAUUGACCUGUGAACGGUACUGAUUCGUCGGAUAGACUAUUCGGUGGCCAUCGAUUAGGAGGGUCGUCAAAUACACGAGCGAGCAUUUUCGACUCCAAUAGAAUCGUUAUUAAAAGUACAGCUUUUGUGUUUUCAUAUUGUGGAUAUAACGAAAGAUACACAAGCACAACGAUAAACAUUGUGUGUAAAUGAACUUGACUACUAUUUGUGAUCCGCUUUUGGGAAUAGAGCUAAUAACGUACUAUUCGGAAUAGUGUCACAAUGACGAUUUUAUCAAAGCUUCUGUUAUCACGACUACGAUUCAAUUGCUACGAAUUAGGCCACACCUGGAACCCGAGCUGUAGUCAAGUUCGUCUUCAGCUCUUCACCGAUUCUUACAAAUCACUGCUUCCACUAUAUCUGUUUUUGAACUCAUCGUCUUAUAUUUACCGGUAUAAAACGGUAUCGUAUAAGAAUUUAUGGCCGAUCGUUCGCACCGUGUUGGUUAGAUCUCACCGUUCAGCAACAGCCCUUGGAAUAUUCUUCUUUGUCACAUCAUUAAUCCUUUGUAACGUAGGACAUUACCUUGGAUUCUACAAUCCGUUGAUCCUGUACAUGGCAAGCUUCGUCUCGGCGUUUUUAGCAGGUAUCGUUGAGACGGAUCGUCGCCUGCAUCUCUAUAUAGUCUACAUGCUACAACUAACGUUCGAGAUGUUUGUAGCUCUGGCAAGAGACUACCAGAUCAAGGGCCAUCCUAUCAUUACACCGUUGGUGCUUGCCGCCAGCAUUGCCACCCACACGUAUUACUCAAGGACGAAUGGCCUGUCCCAAACGAACUUCAGCAAUUUUUUACUGCUUAUUGUUGGUAAGCAAAACUUGAGCUGUGUUAAUAGUAGUGACAGUACGAACACUGCUGGCGGCGGCGGCGGCACGACAAGCAAAACAGGCACCUCGAUUUGCGAAACACAAGGUCAAAAUUUAUGCAGACACAUCGAUACCUGCGCUUCAUUCGCGCUCAAGAGGUCGGCGAUCGUAUUUGCGUGCGGCGCAGGAGCAUCGCUUGGGUUUCGGCUAGUAUCGUCCAUUCCCCAGGCGAUAAUGCAGGUCCGAAGCGGCCUAGCGGUCUCCGCUGCCCUGCGAAGGAUAUUAUCUAAGAAGAAUAUGACAAUGGCCGUUGAUCUUGGAGCCGGCCUCGCAAGCUUCUGCGGUGUUUACAACAGAAUGGCCUGCUACCUUCGCCAGAGAAACGGAAAAGAAGAGCUAUGGCAUACCAUACCUUCGUCUGUGCUAGCGACAUUUGCCUCUUACCUGUUUUGGCCUUCGGAGAGAUUAGCCAUAUACGCGUUAUGCAACACCCUAUACGAUUUGUACAUGGCUGGUGUAAAAAAACAAACAAUCCCUAUUCCGCCAUAUGGGCCCCAGCUGACUUUUGCUCUUAUUUCUGGGAUUAUGUUUGCUAUGGGCUCGCUUAAACCUCACUACGUCCGAAAAUCCUACGUAAACUUCCUAAAUCGAAUUCUUGGACGCAGGAUCUCCCUCAUUAACUGGAGUGCGAUAUCGUACAUGGGCUUCGACAGUUCCAAAGUGUACAAAGAAAAUCUACCAUUUCUUCUCAACCCCGAGUAUGUGAGCAGGUUUUACAUGCAAACGAUGUGGGUUUGGUCUCUGGCCGAUCAUGUAAACAAGACAUAUAGCAGACAACCAGUACCUUCUUAGUUGUGCGGAUACCGAUGUGUCUCCGUCGAAUCAUCUCGAGUGUCGAUGACAUAAGCGCUACAUCCCAGCUCCGAAUACACCGAAAGUGGACUAGAAAGAAGCCGUAGACGCGCUACUCUGACGUAGAUAUGGUUGAAGAGGAAUACUGAGAGGAUAUCGAAGAAUGUCUUAGAGUUUAUCUCGUUUGACUGCUGUUAUACGCCUCCCUUCGACUCCGUCCUUACAGCAUGCGAUCAAAGAUCCCUGACCGAAAAACAUCCCAAAUCAGUAAUGAACAACAUUAGCGGAAAUCAACGUGAAGCAAAUAGCCAAAUAGAAACUUCGUCGUAGAUCUAAUAAAGUUCAAUCAUUGUACCUUCGUCAUUCGGGAGGCGCCGAGGUGGAUUCGUGGGUGGUCUUAAAGAACAAAGCCUAAUUUACUGAGACGUGAGGUUGUGUUAUUAAAUCGUUUAUCUGAAAUGUUUAUCAGUUAUCCUAAACCUUCUAUCGAAGCUAAAUUAUUAGAGCUGCCUCUAAAUCGUUCUAAUGCAAACCGUUAGGCGUUCGCCAUAAGACUGAUCUACUGCUAUGUAAUCUUAGAGUGGCUUUUCACGGACAUUGUCCGGUUGCUUUAUUCUUUUAAGCAUGCGGCAUACUGCCUACUGCACGUAUUAUUUCGAUAAGCCAAAAGGCCAGAAUGAAAGGUCGAAAAAUCUCUACCGCAGGCUCGUCCUGAUCCGCGUGUACUAGAAGCGAUAUGCCAAUAAAUUCGAGUUAGGUUGAACUUCGAAAACUAAUUCUCAAUUGGAAUACCUUACAAAUUGCAAAGACGCGAUAAAAACAAGCAGCUGGAAAAGGGCUCAAGCUCAAAGACCAGUUAGAGUUUCUCCGGACCUUCUAUAAAUUAUUACCCACCGAAGAUGGGAAGAGAACGAAUUGAAGAGAAAUUCGCAAAGCUUAUCGGUGCAAGAAUGUUGAACAGCUGUUUAAGCUGACUGAACGCUAGGAGGAGACCUACUUAGAACUCACAUAUUAACUUCUGUGCGGAAGAUAUGUAUAUACUUAAAUGCAUUAUCUACUAGCUAAGAUACCUAUGGUAAAGGCAACGAAUUUAAAAUGCGCGGUUCAAUUGGGCUCAGUUACUUAUGCUAUCCACUGAUGUCCUGAAAUAAUAAAGCCUUAUCUUCAUUCGAUUAACCCGCUCAACUGUCAUUUAGCGGUCGUACACUACAAUAGCAUAUAACAACGUUGUAGAAGCAAGGUACAGUAGACCAACUGUUGCUAGAGAUUUUACUAUUGAAAAAUGCGUUUAACCGUCGAAUGUUAAUAGAUGAAUACUCACUGUAAUGCGUUCCGAGUGGCCCUGUCAGGACCACCGGUGAUGGGCCUUUAGAGCGUGUAUUGGCUCUCAGAGGCCCAGAACCUACGUCAGAAAACGAAUAAAAAUAAAGCUACAGAUUUCAGCUUAACAUACUCAUUAUGUUAAGAAUUUAUAGAACAGUAGUGCAUAUAUAGCUGUGAAAUACUGCGGCCUACAAAGUAGGCACCUAAGUCUUUUUGCAUAAAAAAUAAAUGCUAUAACAGCAACGGCUCUAGAGAAUAGAUGUAUGAGAAAUCGUAUAAGCCUGUUAUAAAAUUCAGUGUUGCUGAGAAUAACAAAAACAAAAUUGCUGCUCGUUUCAUAUACAUAAAAGAAUUAUUAUGUAUAAUAUUAUCAGAACGAAUUCGGACUCUAUGAUAACGAUACACGUCAGAUAUGUAAACUUGGUACGCAACUGAAUUUUGGCCUGAUUUGUUCUUUAGGGGCACUACUACUACCUAUUUUUUUUCAAUUGCCUUUAUGUUUAUGCUCAAGUAAUUCGACCUUUCUAAACUAAAAAACAGAAAAUAG